AUGGCUGAAAGUACUAUUGUCCAAAACCAGGAGCAUCAGGUGAAGAAGUUGAAGAGGUUCUUAGAGGGGUGGCGAAUGGCCAUCUUGCCCCUGAAAUCUGUUAUCCUGUGGGAACAGCAGUGGCAUCCUUGUGCCAUUGUGGGCUCUGUUUCUAUUUUAUUUCUCAUCAUUUGGUUAUUGGACUUAAAUUCAAUUGCAACUUUAGCUGUAAUUGGCUUAAUUCUCAAUUUAAUAGACUUUAGUGUGCCAGUUAUUUGUAAUUCUCUUUACGGUCCCUCUUCAUGGACUGGCCAGCAUGAAAAAAUGUUUGAAGACAUUUGUAAAAACAUGGUAGCCAGCUACAAUAAGGGUCUGCAAAACAUCCGCAUGUUUUAUUCUUUAAGAGAAACCAGUCCUUGUAUGUACUACAUAAUCUCAAUCACUGUAUUGUGUACACUUGCAUGGAUUGCAUCAUCUAUGAAUAAUAUUUUUCUGGUCUACCUAUUGUCUAUUGUAAUGGUACUCUGGCCAGGCCUACGAAGCAAGGGUAUUUUCAACAUGAUUUUAUCCUUGGUGAACAUGGCUCCAAAAGCAGCUUUCCUGAAAUCUGAAUAA